UCUCACACUAUGACAGUGACUCAGUCACACGUACUUCUCCAGACUCCUACAUUGACAAUAAAAUGUCCGCGAGUACGAUUGCUCGCUGGAAUGCUAUAUCUCUUACCCGUUCAGAUGAACCUACACCGCUGAAGCGCAAACGUGACGAAGACAGCGACGACGAUGUUUCAAUUGCCUCUCGCAGCCCUUCUCCUACCUCUGAUGCAAUGGACGUCGAUCAAGACAAUAUAAACAAGUACGACGAAUAUGUUCGUCGACCAGCACGGGAAGUCAUUACUGUCGAAACUCCUCUCAAGGCUUCGAAUAAGGGCUUUGCUAUGCUGGCGAAACUUGGCUGGGUAGAAGGCCAGCCUCUAGGUAUAUCCGGUGAAGGUCGCGUCGACCCUAUUCCGUUUCAGAUGAAGGCAGACUCGACCGGUCUAGGCAAGGUCCGACAAGACGUUGAAAUGAUAGAGACAACAGUCUCCCAGCGCCGUGGGCUAGACUCUGAACGACAGCAGAAGGAGACUGAAGACCAACGGCGUGCUCGAGAAGAUGCCGUCGCACGUAAGUCUGCAGUAGCAGAGGAAAUAUCUGACGUCCUCAAGGCAUUUUACUGUUCUCUAUGCGAUAAACAAUUCAAGAACGUUGCUCAGUAUGACGAACAUACCAAUUCGUACGCACACCAUCAUAAAGCUCGUUUCAAAGACAUGCAAGCCAGUUCUCGUAUAAAACCCCAGGAGGAAAUAGAAAAACGAAAGGAAAAGGAGCAGAAACGGGAAGAGAAGCAGUUGAGGAAGAUUGCGGCUGCAAGCGGAGUGAAGAUGGCCAAGACGACUUUGCCUCCUAGUGGUGCACCUGUAUUGGCACCUGUAGCUAGUGGCUCAUCUGGAUUUCAGCCGUCUGGUUGGGCUUCCGUUUCUGGAUCGGGUGACAGCACGUUGUCAUCAUCCGGUGGUGGCUUCAAGAAGACUGGCUGGGCUUCAGUUGGCCCCUCUUCCUCACCAGAAACUCUGGCCCCAGUCUCUGGCGUAACUACUACAUCUGGUGGCGGCGGUUUUAAGAAGGCUGGAUGGACCACAGUAGGGUCGACGUACUCAUCAAUUGCCCAGGCAGUACCUCCAGCGGCAGCGUCCUCUGACAGCUGGAAGACUGUAACCUCUUCCUCUGGAUCGUCAUUUGAUGCAUCCUCGCUACCGGCGAAUGUUCCAAUACCUUCUGCGGCACCUUCCACUGCGGUAGAACCCAUCAGUCAACCAGCACCACAACAUCCACCUUCCAAGUCCCACCUUUCCCGCGUCGGCUGGCAACAGUUUCAAAAGAAGAAUAAGAAGGUUUAACUAAGUGUCAGGGUUUGAUUCUCUCUAUGCAGGAUUUUUGUUGGAGAUAACAGUCGUUUGCGCUGUUCAACCAACAUAAAAAAUCUACUUCUGUACUUGCUUUCCAACUUACUCAGUUAUAUGUUGUACAAUACAAAUUG